AUGAGCAAUAAUCAAGUCCAACCAGGUGGCUCACCGAGCCUUGGCCGAAGUCAAUCCUCAAACUCAUUGUCAGGAUCAUUGAGCAGCCUGAACAACCACGAUGGGCUUCGUAAUAAUGCUGGUGCGAAUAGCGCUGCUCUUUUGCAAAUCCACGUUCCCCGACGUCUCAACCUGGGGCUUAACCGCGCCACCACUGAACGUGGUGGCCUGGCUCCAAGAACUGCCAGUCACACCCUUACGGGCUUGCGGGCUCCCUUGAGAGGCACGAUGUCGCCUGGAUUGCGUUCAGCGUCACGCACUCUCCGGGAUCGAUCUCGAUCACCAGUGAGCCGGGGUAACACACCUCAACGAGGUGGGGCUAUGUCUGCUGGCAUUGGCCUCCUCAACCGAGGUGCAGGAGAAGUUGGAGAUGGACUCCAAUCUCGCAUACUUGGACCUUCAGCUUUGGAAUUUUUUGAAGGUAUAGCGGAAUCCGCUGGAUUGGAUGCCGAACAUGCCACAAUGGCUCGCGCCCAAUGCGAGAUGGUGGGAGAUAAUCGUAUGAUAGCUGAAACCGUCAUUAACGCGCGUAUCUUGAUGGAGAUUACCAAGCUUUCGAAUCAGGUUGAGGCAGUGUCCAACCUUGCCAAUCAGGUGGAAGAAUUGUCCAAUUUGGCCAAGAAGGUCGAUGAUGCAAACACCCACCUCCUCGAUCUCACGGAGAGUGUUCAGCACUUGGGUACCUUGGUCACCCCUGGGGCCGCGGCUCAGCCAGUUGUGCCAGUGGUUCCGGUUGUGCCAGGACGUCCGAUCAUGCGCGAACGCUGGACCGCGUCAUCUGAACUCUUGGCUGAAAGAUCAACUUGGCAGAACUUAAUCAACCCGAUGGCGUUGAAGUUCCUAGGCAACCACGAUUUGGAGAGCUACACGGCCCUCAAGUCGCCCAAGGGCGACUUGUUGGCUAACUCCCUCUUCAACAAGAUCAAAGUCGCCGUCCUUGAUCAAGGAGUUCAGUGGACCACUCAACAUCUUCCAGUUCAAUUUCAAGGUGUCGAGGAUGUUGAAGGCACUAGACAUUACAAUUCAGCCAUUAAAAACGUUUGCAAACAUGCCAGGGAAAAGUUACAUCACACGCUCUUGUCAGGAAUUCACGAUCCCAAGACUGGAGAAGUUUUUGACCAAGCCGUGCCCAAUAUCAAGACUUUGAUGUUUCGAAUUGCACAGACCUGUGAUACCCUUGCAGGUUGUAACAAGGAAGCACUUUGGGUGGCGAGCACUUCUCACAUGCGAGCCCGGGCGGCAUAUCUGCGUCGCGAAGCAGCUCGCAUCUAUCAAAGAGGACGAGGUUCCAGCUCCAUCUGGUCCAACGUCGAUCAGCAGCUUGCGAGGCUCCGAGCUGGAGGCGCGGAUUAUACCCUGGCGUUCUAUGACCUUAUCUAUAAUCAAGACAGCACGGCUUUCACUGGCGAUACAUUCUUUCACGAGUUGAGAGACGAGGUCGAGUUGCGAUUGCCAGCUGAAGCCGACGUCAUUGCCGCCACUGAACAAGGUCCCGUUGCGCUCUUGGCAGCAGCAAAUCCGGCAGUAUGA